UUUGUUUUGUUUUGUUUUCAGAUUUCAAUUUUCAGUUUCCACUGUGGUUUUCACUGUUUUGUAAUUUGUUGACGUCUGACGGCAUAGAAAAAUAAUUUUUAAUCACCUCAUCGUUUAUUGCGGUUUCGGCCGUGUAGUCCAUGUUUCCGUGGGAGUACUGGGAUAAAAUUUAGCCUGUCCCACUCACAAAUAACGUGGCUCUCUAUUGGUAAAAGAAUUUGAAAAAUCGUUUCAGUAGAUCCAGAGUGAUAUCAAAUAGUUUGGCAAACUAAAAUUGAAUGAAUUAAAUCAGUUUCGUUGAUAUCAGAUUAAGUACUAACAUGAAUUAAAGAUAAGUACAAUAAUUUGUGAAUUUGUGCUUGUAAUGCCUAAUCUAGUGUUAGUGUUGGUGUAAUAGUGCCAUGUCUGACGACGAGGUUAUACGAUUCGAGAUCACAGACUAUGACUUGGAAAAUGAGUUUAACCCCAACAGGAGCCGCAAGGCUAAGAGAGAACAACAAAUAUACGGUGUGUGGGCGCAGGACAGUGAUGAAGAGGACAACGAGGACAACGUCCGAAGGAGGGCGCGCAAGCCCAAGGACUUCUCCGCCCCCAUCGGCUUUGUGGCAGGUGGCGUGCAGCAGGCCGGCAAGAAGAAAGAGAACAAGAGAGAAGUAGAGAAAUCAGAAACUUCGAGGUCCAAGUUCGCCGACAGCUCUGACGAGGAGGCGCCGGCGCCCGACGCGAGCGAGACGGCGGGCGUGCGGCGCGCGGGGCGCGGCGCGGCGCUGGGCGGCGGCGUGGGCACGUGGGAGCGCCACACCAAGGGCAUCGGCGCCAAGCUGCUGCUGCAGAUGGGCUACCAGCCGGGCAAGGGGCUGGGCAAGGACCUGCAGGGCAUCUCGGCGCCCGUGGAGGCCAGCGUGCGGCGCGGCCGCGGCGCCGUCGGAGCCUACGGACCCGAGAAGGCGGCGCAAAAGGCGAAGGAGCAGGAGCGGCGCGCGAAGCUGCAGCAGGAGCAGGAGGAGAAGGGCGCCAAGGAGAAGUCGAGCAACUGGAGGAGGUCGCACAAGGGCCGCUACUUCUACAAGGACGCGGCCGACGUCAUCCAGGAGGGCGCGGCCGGCGCGCCGCCCGACUCCGCCUGCAGCGCGCCCGUCAUCGACAUGACGGGCCGCGCGCGCCGCGUGCUCAGCGGCUACCACGCGCUGCGCGCCGCCGCGCCGCGCUUCGAGCACGAGCCGCGCCGCGCCUGCUCGCGCUUCGCCGCGCCCGCGCUGGCGCACAACCUGGCGCUGGCCGUGGCCUGCUGCGAGCGCGACAUCGUGCGCAACGCGCGCGAGCUGCGCCAGGCCGAGGACGACGUCGCGGCGCUGGAGCGCGAGCUGCGCGACUGCGACGCGCGCCUGCGCGCCGACGACGAAGUGUUGGCGCGCGCGGCCGGCGUGCUGGCGCGCGUGCAGGCGCUGCGCCGCCCCGACCUGUCGCUGGACGCGCUGCACGCCGAGCUGCUGGCGCUGCGCCGCGACCGCCCGCUGGAGUUCGCCGCCUACGGCCUGAGCGCGGCGGGCGGCGCGCUGGCCGGCCCGCUGCUGGGCGCGCUGCUGGCCGCCUGGGACCCGCUGGCGGCGCCGGCGCUCGUGGAGCCGGCCGUGCGGCGCUGGCGCGACGCGCUGGACGCGCCCGCCUACGACGCGCUGCUGUGGGCGCAGCUGGUGCCGCGCCUGGCCGCCGCCGCCGCCGAGUGGAACCCGCGCGAGCCCGAGCGCAUGCUGGCGGCGGUGGAGGCGUGGCGCGCCGCGGCGCCGGCGUGGCUGCUGCGCGCGUUCGUGGCGCGGCACGUGGCGCCGCGCGUGCUGGCCGGCGUGCGCGCCUGGGACCCCACGCGCGACCCGCAGCCGCUGCACGCCUGGGUGCUGCCGUGGCACGCGCUGGCGGGCGAGGCGCUGGCGCGCGACGCGUACCCGCUGAUCCGCGCGCGGCUGGCGGCGGCGCUGGCGGCGUGGCACCCGGCCGACCGCAGCGCGCGCCCGCUGCUGGCGGCGUGGCGCGAGGCGUGGGGGCCGGCGCUGGCGCCGCUGCUGGAGCGGCACGUGCUGCCCAAGCUGGAGCAGUGCGUGGCGGCGGCGCCCGUGGAGCUGCUGCACGCGGAGCGUAACGCGGCGUGGGCGUGCUGCGCCGAGUGGACGGAGCUGCUGGGCGCGCCGGCGGUGGGCGCGCUGGCGGCGCGCGCGCUGCUGCCGCGCUGGCUGGCGGCGCUGGCGGCGUGGCUGAACGGCUCGCCGCCGCACGCCGCCGUGCUGGCGUCCUACACCGCGUUCCGCGCGCUGUUCCCCGAGGAGGUGCUGCGCGAGCCCGCCGUGCGCGACGCCUUCCGCAAGGCGCUCGACAUGCUCAACCGCAGCUCGGAGCUGCCCGCCGCCGCGCCCGCGCCCGCGCCCGCCGCCCCCGCCCCCGCCGCCGCCGCCGCCGCCGCCGCCGCCGCCGCGUCCGGCAGCUUCACGGAGCUGCUGGAGGCGCGCUGCGCGGCGCGCGGGCUGGCGCUGCUGCCGCUGGGCCGCGCGCGCGAGGGCCGGCCGCUGUGGGCGCUGGGCGCGCUGCAGGUGUACGUGCUGCGCAACGUGGCCAUGUGCUCCACGGACGGCGGCCGCACCUUCGAGCCGCUGGCGCUGGACCGGCUGCUGGCGCUGGCGGGCGACUAGUGCGACGAGUUCUGUCCAUUAAAGCCUUUUAACUUA